UGACGUUUGAGGGGACGCACAUGUUGUGUCAGCCACAUGCGUGUGAAGUGUGUAGUGUGUGUUUAUGUGAUAGUAUUGUGAUCGUGUCUAACGUUAUAUUAUUCUGAUGGGUGGACACGAGCGUUAUCCGUCGCCUCGCUUCAUGUGUCCGGCCGAACCUUCACUCCAUUGGACUCCACAGAAGUUCGAGGCCGCGAGAGACUGGAGCUGGACACAACAACCGACACCGGUACCGGCGGCCACGAGUUUCUCGCAACAGUUUUACACGGGUCAACGUCAUUAUUGUCCUCCUCAUCCUCAUCCUUACAGAAAUGAGUGGCAGAAUCAUGGACAGCAGUGGGGCAAAAAGAAGAAGCAGAAAGAGCCGGAGUUCAGUCACUUCUGUGACACGUGUGACCGAGGAUUCAAAAAUCAAGACAAAUAUGAUGAACAUAUUUCACAGCAUGUCAAGUGUUCUGUUGAGGAUUGUCAUUUUACUGCACAUGAGAAACUGGUCCAGAUUCACUGGAGAAAUAAUCACGCUCCAGGUGCCAAGAGAAUCAAACUGGACACACCAGAGGACAUCGCCAGAUGGAGAGAGGAGAGACGCAAGAACUACCCGACGCUGAGUAACGUGGAGAAGAAAGUGAAGAUGAUGGAGGUGAAACAGCAAAGAGGAGAUGUACUGGAGACAUCACAAUUUGGUCGUAUUAAGAGCCGCGGUGGAGGUCGUGGAAGAGGGUUCAACAGAUGGAGUGAAAAUUCCCGUGAUAAAUUUGACCCUGUGAUCCCAAAGACGGAUCAGCCGACGUCACUGAAGCGGCCGAAUCAGGACGGAGAUCCUCUCGGUGCUCUGGCCAACAGUGAUGCGGGUUCUGAUAAGGAUGAGGAAGUUAAACAGAAGCAGAUUGGACUCUCUGUUGCCCCCAGAAAUGUGACGUCUGCUCUGGGAUCACUCAUGUCCAGUUAUGGGGACGAUAUGACCACCAGUGAAAGUGAAGGAGAAUCAGAUGAUUCUCCUUUGUUACGAGCGAGUCGAGCUGUGGAGGACAAUAAGACGAUGUUAGUGGCUCAUCCUGUUCCUAUCCAGAGCAGCUCAGUACAGCACACAGAGAAACGUCCAGACAGCGUUAAACAAUCCCAGCAAGCACCGGUCUGUAAAGGUGGACGACAGACAGGCAAGGGUCAGAAAGGAGUUCACAACAAACCGAGUCAAUCACAUCGACCGACACUGCUGGAAAUGUUAUUGGCUCCUGAUAUUCGUCACGAGAGGAACGUCGUUCUUCAGUGCGUACGAUACAUUGUCCGGAAAGGUUUCUUUGGUCUGGCUGGUAAAGACCACAACGAAAUCACCAGUGUGACUACUAGAGACUCGUCAUUGUGUGAAGAUCAUAGAGGACACAACGGUUCCAUAGAUGAGAAGAUCACGAGAGAUGAUGGAGUCAUGAACAGUCAAUCACUGGAGGAGGUGAAUAACAGCACAGUGCUCCUCCAGAGAUCUCCUUUAACCUCUGACACUUGUGAUUCGUCUGCUGCUCAGAGUACAGAUGAAGUCAAACACUCCGGUGUCUUUCUGAAACUGUUUGCACAGAGUCUAGUGUGUGAGGACCCUAAAGAUAACCGAGACUUUCCUGAUCCAUCAGAGCAAAGCCAGAAUACAUCAGCAAAAGACGAUCAGAACGAUUCGGUGAUAAACACAGACGAUCAGUAAAUCAUCAUUGUGAGGAGAUUUGUGGUCCCAUGGCAAUGUACUGAAGAUGAACCUUUAUUGUGCUGGAAGCCAUCAUCUGUUUAUCUGUAAUUUUGACCUUGUGUAUGUGUGUGAAUCUGAAGUGAUUCAGAAGUUAAAUACGAUGAAAAGAUGGACCAACAGAUGUUGAUUUGUUUUUGUAACACUGUUCAUAUUUUGUGUAGAUGAAUUGGAGUAUUUGUGUGAUAAUGAUGGAGACAGAUGGACACGUCUGUGUCUGUGUGUGAUUGUAUCUGUGUGUUGUCGCGUUCAUGAAUGCCUUUAUAUUAUGAAAUGAUAAUUUUCUUUUUGUUAAUAUAUGACGUAUAUAUGCACAAAUGUAGACUUCUGUAACUGGAUAAGUGUAUGUUCAGAUGGAUUAGAGUUUGGCACAGAGAUCUUGUAAAUAGAUUAACUAAGUUCAUCUAAAAGUGAAUUUUGUUGUUCUGUUAUGAAUAAACUAAUAAAUCUGUUUAUUUAUCUCUGAUA